CUCGGCCCCUGCUAGAGAGUGUUUAGCCAGUUAAUUUUCAUAUGCUCAAAGCAACCUGAAAGAAGCUCCCAAAGAUAAAAUGCCAAGUGAAAAUUCCUUGAUUUCUCAGGUACCACGGUUUUCCCAGUUUCCUGAACCAAGUUUUGCAUGGGCCUUUGAUCCUUUGGGAGACUCAGACAAGAUUCACAUAGGGCAUAAGAGAAACAAAAGGUGUGGGUUAAACAAAGGAAGGAUUAGGGCUAGGUGCUACUCUCUGGAGCCCUGGCUAGGAGUAGCUCAGCAGGAACACCGCCACACAUACAUUUGCUAGGUAAGCACUUAGCACUGAGCUAAGAGCUGCUGGUUUCAGCCAUAAUGGCUAUUGUUCCCAUGCUUACUAGGAAAAAGCAUUUAAAAUCUGUUUUGUCAAAUCUAGUUAUGUAUAGUGGGUUAGACCCUGAGAGACAAACAUAAAACUUACGGCUGAUGGGGAAAGGUAUGUGGUCCAAAGCAGAGCUAGGGAAACAUUUCUGUCAUAUUGAUAUAGAUUUGGUCUUUGGAUGGAAAAAGAGAAGAGGUGUGGGUGUUGUGUUUUCGGUCUGGGCUCAAAGGAAGCUGCUCAUUUCCCUCUGCCUACGAAUCUCCUACAAGAAUUUGCAGUAUUGGAAGGAAAAUGAGAAUGGAACUGGUCCCCGACCCCACUUGAAGAACAGGCAUGAAUGGUCAGGAGUGUGGCAUUCAUAGAAGCAGAGACAGGGUGGGUUUUGAGGCAUGUGACCUUAGGUCAGAAAGCAGGCAGAUUGAUUCCUGGCCCUGGUAUUGUCCUUCAGCUCUUUCCUCUUCAAAAGUCCCUUCCUUUCCUGACAAGGACAGCCUGGGGCAAGAGAUGUUGGCUGCUGCACUUCUGAAGGCCAAGUCCCAGGAUUUGGUAACAUUUGAGGAUGUAGCUGUGUACUUCAUCUGGAAAGAGUGGAAGCGUCUGGAACCUGCACAGAGGGACCUCUACAGGGAUGUGAUGCUGGAGAACUAUGGGAAUGUGUUCUCACUGGAUGGUGAGUCCAAAACUGGAAAUGACCAAGCACUCUCUGAAGGCAUGGGGUCACAUGAGAUGAUACUGGGACGAUUGCAAACGGAUGUUUCUCAGGGUCUUAAGUUUGAAGAAGCCUAUGAACAAGAAGUCAGUCUGAAGAGACAGCUAGGGAACUCCUCUGUUGGAAGACUGAAUAGGAAAAUACAGGAGUUUCACCAAAUGACAGUUGAGGAAAAGCUCACCCACAUGGGACAAAGAAAUGAGAAGUAUAAUGAGUUUGGGAACAGUUUCACCAUGAAUUCCAAACUUAUUUCACAUCAGAGAUUUCCCAUGGGAGACAGACCCCAUAAGUGUGAUGAAUGUAGCAAGAGUUUUAAUCGAACUUCAGACCUUAUUCAACAUCAGAGAAUUCACACUGGGGAAAAACCAUACGAAUGUAGUGAAUGUGGAAAGGCCUUCAGCCAGAGCGCACAUCUUAUUCAGCACCAGAGAAUCCACACUGGAGAGAAGCCCUAUGAAUGUAAGGAUUGUGGGAAGACCUUCAGUUGUAGCUCUGCUCUCAUCCUACACCAGAGAAUCCACACUGGGGAGAAACCUUAUGAAUGUAACGAAUGUGGAAAAACAUUUAGCUGGAGCUCCACUCUUACUCACCAUCAGAGAAUCCACACUGGCGAGAAGCCCUAUGCUUGCAACGAAUGUGGGAAGGCUUUCAGUAGGAGCUCCACCCUUAUUCAUCAUCAGAGAAUCCACACUGGAGAGAAACCCUAUGAAUGUAAUGAGUGUGGGAAAGCCUUCAGCCAGAGCUCACACCUCUAUCAGCACCAGAGAAUCCACACUGGAGAGAAGCCCUAUGAAUGUAUGGAAUGUGGAGGGAAGUUUACCUACAGUUCAGGCCUUAUUCAGCAUCAAAGAAUCCACACAGGGGAAAAUCCCUAUGAAUGUAGUGAAUGUGGGAAAGCCUUCAGGUAUAGCUCAGCUCUUGUUCGCCAUCAGAGGAUUCACACUGGAGAGAAGCCUUUGAAUGUAAUGGGUGUAAGCAGAAAUUCCGGAAUUUCUGCUGAAUUAAACAUCAGAGAAUCCACAUGAGAGAGCCAUAUGCCAUUUUCCUGACUCCCUGAGUCUAAAGAGCUCUUGCCUUACUUUAUUAUAUAGGGCCAAUUUAGAAUGUGUCCCACCUCCAACCUUUCACUCAGAGAGUGGGGCGGAUUAGGAAAAACAUCCUGGCACAGUGAUCAGCAGGAUUUCCCAGGAAUGGUUACCAGUCUUGAAAAAUUGUGAGGCAAGUAGCAAAUUAAGCACUGGGAAAAGAAGGAAGUUUGGGGACCAGUCACCCCUUUUGGGGAAGGGGUUUGCACUAAACCAAUUUUCUCACACCAGAAGAGCCUUUCUUUCCAAGGUGGGGAUGGAAGCUUAUUAGCAACAAAAUUCCAAGGAUUCCACUAGUUGGAGUCAGUCUGGUAAGCACAACAGGCAGAGGGAAGAAUAUUCUGGGUCAUCAUAAGUUCUAGGAAGGGAAACAAGCUGUAUUUCUUUCUUUUUUGAGACAGGUCUUACUAUGUAGCCCUGGCUGUUCUUUUCACUGUGUAGACCAGUGAGCUACACAUAACUCUCUGGCCUUGAACUCAGAGAGACCUACAUGCUUUUGCCUCCUAAGUGCUGGGAUUAAAGGCAUAUUCAACCAUGCCAGGCCCCCAGAGGCUGCAUUUCAAAGCCAUUCCUCUAAUCCAGCUUUAAGAUUGGACAAGGAAUAUGCUGCUUUGGCAUAUGAAUCAUGAAUUCAGGAAACUUGGUGCUGAUGGGUUCAUUUUAUUGGGGGAGGGGGACCCCAGCUAGGGUUUCUGUAGUGACUAUCCUCGGAGCUCUUGGAGCAGUGAUAACAUGUUUUCAAGAGCAGUCUGGCAAUAUUGUAGGCAGACCCCACAUCCUCCCUUGUAACAGGACUGACUGGAGAUCUCAUCGGAGCAGUAAAUAACCUGAGGUAGAUCAGCAUUUACUACUGGCCUGACUCCUGUUCUCUCUUCUUCCUGUUCCUGUGGUAAAAGGUAAUUUGAUAUCAACCUCUAGUUAUUAAGGAUGCUGUCAGGGAACUCACCUACCCAGCUUGUCCUACCCUCACCUCUAACAUCUGGCCCCAGCAGCUGGACCUCUCUGGAGUACAUCUGACUUCAGCUACUUCGGAGUACAUAAACAGUAAAGCCAGAGAGGCAUUGAGGCCCAAGCUUGGCAGCUGGGCUCCUUGCUGGGUAUGGGUUGUGCUCCAACCAACAGAUGACUUUCCAUAUUUCUCUAACCCUGCUCAUCCUGUAGCUUAAAGGAAAUACACUGUUAAACAGAAUAGUUUUUUCAGAAGGGGAGAUGUAGUGGGCAUUUGUAUAGGAAUCAAAGUUUUGUCAGUUAAAACAGCACAGUAACUAUAAAUGGAAUCCAAAAGUAUACUCUGAAAUUUGUCUUUGAUAACCAUUUUUGGGUCACAAAUGUGAGGUUUUCCUGUCCCACACAGCCCUCUCAAACUCUUGCAGACAUUAUUGCAGACCAUAUAAACGUGCAGCUAUUCCCACCUUCAUACCAAAUUAGAAUUUUGUGAGCUGUAGAUCAUUUUGUGUGGUAGACUGAUGACGAAAACUAAA